GGGGCAAUGAGAGAGCACUAUUUGUCCCUUUAACGGAGUUAACAUUACUAUAACUACAAAGACUGUGCAGACAGCUUGGUAUCAGCCUGUAGCUCCAUCUCCAGAACAGCCCCUUCCACUCAGGGACUGCAGGGUAUCGCUGCUGUUUGAAUCUGUACAGGACCAAGUCGGUUUGCUUUGUAGCAUAUACACCUCUGUUUUCCUCAUCAUUUGAUAAGGAGAAAACCUGGGGUCACACCAAGGGGUGACGAGGGAGCCACGUGUUGCAGCUGAAAGUUUACUGUCUUGUAUGGUAACUUUACGAAGGGAAAGAAAUUUAAGGGCAUGUUUAUGUGCUGUAGUUCAUGCCUUCAGAAAUGCUUUCUGAUCAUUGAAAGGGCUGUGUGAAGACCAAUAGACUGUGCUUUGAGCUGGAGUACUUCAUAUCUUCAUGAUCACAAACGGCUGUCUCUAGGAGUAUAGGAUUUUUUUGCCCCAAUUAGCAUCCUAUUUUCCCACGUCAAAAAUGAGAGCUCUGAAGAAUGUAAUGAGGGUACUAUGGAAGCAGUGGGAUUAGUGUUUCUGUCAUUGCAGUGACAUGACUUUAUUAUGCACAUAGAAAUGUACUUCCCUAAUAUUUUUGUUUUGAUAGUUGCAUUAAACAUGAAUCCCUGUUUCACACAAUGACUUGCUGCAAAAUAUUGAGGAUGUGGGGCUGUGCUCUUUAGACGUUCUUCUACGGUAAAAUUCAGACAAGGCUAAACGAAGGGAGUCUGGUUUUGUGCAAUGGAAGCGCGAAUGUAGCUUUUGAGUUCAGUUUGGGUUUCCAGAACUUAGAGAGUAUUACUGAAGCAGCCAGCUACGUGUAUGUCAUUUAAUCUAUUACGAUCUUUAUUUUGUAAGCUGUAUGUAAUCUUUUCAGCUGUGGCCAAAUUCAGUGUACUUUAAGCUGUAUUUGUUCUGCAUUCCUUUCUUCACCGAGAUAAGGCAUUUUGUUCAAUGGGAGAGUGCCACCAACCUUCCAAUAACUGAUCCAGAUUAAGUAAUAAUUAGAUAUAAUUACUGUCCCUAGGGGGUAAGUAAUUCCGCCUUACUGAAAUUCUUUUGUCUUCAGUUCACCUACUCUGUUCUUACUGGAAAUACAAAACGAGGUGCUUUUGGCACUCCUUUCAAGCUUCUGACGUGCGUUUAAUCUGCUGCCACUGCUCGGUUUCUGUAGUCAGUAUUGGAUGAACGAGUAUACUUCUUCCCUUGGAAUUGGAGUAUUCCAUUCGGGUAUAGAGGUGUAUGGCCGAGAAUUUGCCUAUGGUGGUCAUCCAUACCCUUUUUCUGGAAUAUUUGAAAUUUCUCCAGGAAAUGCUUCUGAGCUAGGAGAGACGUUUAAAUUUAAAGAGGCUGUGGUUCUAGGCAGCACUGACUUUAUGGAAGAUGAUAUAGAAAAAAUAGUAGAAGAGCUUGGAAAAGAAUUCAAAGGAAAUGCUUAUCACCUGAUGCACAAAAACUGCAAUCACUUUUCUUCAGCUUUAUCUGAGAUUCUGUGUGGAAAAGAGAUUCCACGAUGGGUGAAUCGUCUUGCCUACUUCAGCUCUUGUAUACCAUUUCUCCAGAGCUGUCUGCCCAAGGAAUGGCUGACUCCUGCAGCCCUCCAGUCUAGUGUCAGCCAGGAGCUACAGGAUGAGCUGGAGGAAGCUGAGGAUGCAGCAGCAUCGGCUUCCUUGGCAAGCUCAGCAUCUGGGUCUAGGACUGGACGCCACACCAAAUUAUAAGUCCUCCUCCAAAGUACUAAGUGGUUUGAAAUACUUCAUUUUAAUCUCUCCAGCAAUCGACUUUCUGACAGAACGCGAGAGCUGACUCCAGAACAUUGUUUUUAUAUGCAAAAAUGGCUCUCAUUAGCCCCUGUUUCAGCUCAGGAUUAUUUAAGUAGCGAAAAGAAUUGCUGGGAGAAAAGGGAAGGAUUUUGUGUGAAGCCACCCUUUUCAUUUUCACCUGUUUGCUAGACCUGAGUUAACAUCUUGUAAAAAGUAGAACUUAAAUUAUUUGUUUACAGUAUUGUGUACUGCUGUUUACAAGUCCUGUAAGGACUCCUGCCACCGUGGAAGAAGAGAGAACGUGAGUUUUACUGGUGUGACUCAAAGGCAGCGGUAUGAAGCCCUGGCUAUGAACUCUCCCCUUUGUUUUCAAGAUUUAAGGCAGGUGAAAUUUAAAUUUCUGAGAAAUGCUAGAAACUGCUGAAUACUAUCCACGUGAACAGGGUACUGUACACUCAAAGUGGCUGAUGUAAACAGAUUCCAGGAUGUAGGGAGACUGAUUUUUGUGUAAGAUCUGUUAUUGAAGUAUGACCUCUACAUUCGUGAAGCUGAGGAUUUUUGCACAUAUGAAGGGAAAUUUCUAUCUCAUUACACUGCACAUUGAUCCCUAAUGUUUUUUUUUUUUUUUUUUAAUUCAGCCAUGUGGUUUGCAUAGCAUCUUCUGUCCAUACUUACAGUCUACUUCAACCGGGAUUUAGACACGUGAUUAUUGCCUCUCAAAACCAUCAACUAUUUUUUCGCUGUUUGCUUUAUUUGAUUUAAAACUUGUAUAUACAAAGUUAGUACUUGUAUUUUUUUUUAAUUUUAUUAUUAUUUCAUCAUUAUUUCUUGUAGUUUGAAUAGCAUAAUACAAGCCAUUUAUGGUUGGGGAAUGGCCUUGCUUCCUGCUGCUGAUUUUUGCAUCAUUUAAGUUUGUAAACAUGAAUGGGUUUUGUUUUUGUUUUUUUUUUAACCUAUAUAUUACCACCUGGUGGUGCGUAUCUGCACAAAUUAUAGAGAAAUCUUAAUUUAUUUUCCCACAGUUUCUAUCUGUGGCAUUAACUUUCUUGUCAGAUGUAAUGAAGAAAAACCUGAAAAUUGCUUAUGCACCUGCGUGUUUACACAGCAGAACCCGCUAAUCUGCGCACGUAAUUAUGUCUGAAGGUAAGAGAUGCUAUUUUCUAAAACACAGAAGUAUGUUUGCUGGUAGAUUAUAAUUAAAGCUAAAUUAUAAUUAGUGAUCAGAAUAUAUAAUGGAAUGCCUUAUUCUUGUUCACUUACCAAGAGAAUUAACGGUUCUUCCAGUCAUUAGUGUGAAUUAGUGAGGUUCUGUUGUGCGCAUAAGGAUACAGUAGCACAAACAUGAGGGAGGUGAGCUUGUGUAUGUUGUAAGACUUGCUGCCUUAAACUGUAAGGAAACAACAUCUGUAAACCGAUCAGCUCUAAGAAGUGUGCAUUACUAGAAGCAUAAAUAAUUUUUACAAGCUUUAUUUUUGAUCUGUUCCUCAGUUUAAUUUUUUCAUUCAGUGAAAUACUGGCUCUACUGUUUCUGUUGUUCAAAACGGGAAAAAGAUCCUCCUAGAAGGCAAGAAUGCUUAAUGCUGUGUGUUCUCCAGGCCAUGGGUAGUCAGUGCCAUGAACCCUCCAGGAAGGUGCAGUAGGUUAUGUUCUAGUAAGAACUUGUACAAUGGCCAACUUGAUUAACGUUAGAAAAGAGCAAGAAGUUUUUCUUCUGGCAGUUGGGCUGAAUCCUUUGGAAGACAGCCUUGAAGCGUUCACCGAUCUUCUGUGAUGCAUCGUAGUGACAGAAAGGUAAACUAAUAUUCAGUACUGGGGAAAAAAUCAAGAGCCGCUCUUUUUUCAGAAGAGUGGGAUAGUUGUAGAGGUCUCGUUAUCUGUGCUUUGGUACGUGUUCUAAUAAUCUCUUCUACCCAGUGAGAAAUGCUUAAGACUGACAAGUCUAGCACAAUAUUUCUUUGGUCUCCAGAAGUUGGACAUACUGACUCGUUUUGUUUUGUUUUUCACUUGAAUCUCUGAAUUUGAGGUGGGUUUUUUGGCUUAUUUUUUCCUGUUGUGAAAAUGAACACGGUGGUCUCCAGUCAACUCUCAAGCAUUACAGAAUGAAGUAUCGCACUACUCACAGCUAAGGUGACAGACCAUAGGCAGGUCGUUUCGUCUCUCCUGUGCAGCUGUAGUAGUAACGUGACUCUCUUGGCCAAGGCAGGUCCUUUAUUUCAGCUCAGGGUUGAGGCCACUGAUCUAGCAACGUACUGUAGCUCUUCCUAGGUUUUAGGAAAAAUAAAUAGAAUCAAUUUUCAUUGCUACCUAACUCUUAUGUACCAAAACCAGCUUUUUAGGCUUCUAAUAUAUCCAGAGCUCUAGGUCACAAAUCUCUACACCUUCAUUAACACAACUACAGUUUGUACAAUGCAAGAAAGUGACAGAUCACAGCACAGUUUUUAUUUAGAAGUAAAACUAAGAAUAUUUUUUAUAAAGCAGACUGGAAAGUUUGUAACAAAACUGUUCAUUUUAUCAGUAGCUGUACAGAUAAAAAAAUACUGUCUUACGCUCCACUUUCGGUUUAAAUACAUCCGUUUGUAAGUCCUGUGAGGAAACUGACACCUGAACCCUGAAGGCUGUUGGGUAUUGCAUCAAAGCAAGGGGUACUGUAACUUCAGUCACGUGCUGUGAACUUGGCCUCUGCUGGAUGCCUGCAAGAAGUCACCCUGCCAGCGGUUACUCCUAUUUGUUAGCAAUAGAGCAAGUUACCUUUCACCAGCAUUACUGCCAAGCAGGGAUUACUUUAGUCUACUAAUGACCACACUGUGCUAGGACUAGAACACUCCAAAAUGCUGUGAGAAAGCUGGACACCUGUGGAGUCUUUUCCAUCAAAACGGGUAGAAAAAUAAUUUGCUACUUCAGGGUUCUGCUCUGUUUACUUUCUCAUUCUUGUUUAGUUUUCUGUAAGGUAGUACUUUUGAUACGUAGUGAGUGUAUUCCUUAACUCUGUCGUUUUAUUUAAAUGCCAUUUUCUGUUCAGCAAGCCAAAAAAUCCAAUGUACUGUCAGUGUGCACCAGAAACUUCAGAGUGGCUUGGUAAAAAUAUACUUGCAUUACUUCUAAAAUUUGCAAUGCAAUUCUGAUCACUAUUGAUACAUGAUAAUUUUCACUGUUGGAAGUUGGUUACAAGCUGAAUAAUCACUGAUGCAUUUUUGUUUUGUAAACUUGUAUUCAAGUUUACUGUACUACAUAGUAUUUGUAUAAAAUUCAGAGAAUUUUGACUUUUGUUACCUGUACAUGGCAACGAGUUGUCUAGCAUCUUAAAUCCAUCCGUUUAUUAAAAAAUACUUUUUUAUAAAAGACA